ACGAUGCAAGUGGACCUCAGACUACAUCAAGACAGUACUCAGAUAUGCUUCAAACUCGGACUUUCUGACACUGGAGAGUUCAAUCCAAGAAACAGCUCAGACUCACCUCAGAUCAGUUGCACCAGAGCUGCACUGUUCACCUGCAGCCGUCUUCAACAUGAGAGGACUGGAGAAACUGAAACCGACAUUUCUGAGUUUGGGUCUCUCGUUGGAGAUGGAUCAGCAUCUGAUGAACACACACUGACAGAGAGAGGUACACAGACAGAUGACAUCCAUCUACCUGACCCGGAGAACACACUCAAGCAUCUGAAGCUUCCGGAGGCUGCUAACGAUCCAGCACCACUACCACAGUUUGAUGCGGGGACUAAAACCUACAGUCUGGAAACAGGGAGAGGGACCACGUUGACACUGCAGUGUCCUAAACUACAACUGGACGCUGCUCGAGCCAACACCGACGUGUGCCACGUAACUACAGACGGUCAGCUGGUGAACUCGCCGCCCGCCACACAACACAGACACAGCGGCAGGUUACGGAAAUAUCGGGGUACAUGUGCCUCCACCCCCAUCCCCCUUCCUCCAUCCCCCUCUACUGUCACCCCUGUCCCACACACACCACGAUACUGGGAGACACACUCUAGGGUGGGUGUGGUGAGUGGAGGGUGGUUGUGGCCUUGUCCUGGAGAUGGGUGUGGUGGAGGAGAGCCAGGUAGACAGUGGGUGGUGUGUUUAUCUACAGCGCCGCCCUGGUGUGUCUGUGUAGUGAGAUGUGGCACACACCAGGGGAGUCUCUGUACCAGGGUGUGGCAGCAGGGGGAGGGGGGGAAGUGUUACAGUAACACAAUGUCUACCACACGCGGCACACAGGCCACCCUCCACUAUGGCGUUGUGCUGGAUGUGGGGAGGGGGAGACUCGCCUUCAUCGACCUCAACAGAGAGGUUGUUUUAGCCAAGGUGGAUGUUGAGUGGAGCGAGUCUCUUCUUCCCAUGUUUGGUGUUGGGCGGCCAGAUGACUGCACAGUCAACAUGAAGGUGAUAAGUGGGGCAGAUAUCACCAUGACUGACACCAAGAAGUCACUUAUCUAUGACGCCUUGAAUUAGACAAUGAAAUAAACAUGACAUUGUGUAAACUUGUAAGUGUGACUUAUUUAUUUUAAACUGUCAAAUGUAAUUGUAGUGAUUGAGGCGGACGUAUAAGUUGUCUGUCUAUGUGCUGUUUGUUGUGGACAAGAAUGUAACGAAGUCAGUUAAAUGUGUUGUUUUACUGCUUGACUGGAUUCUCUUGUGUAUAAGAAAGAUUUUACAUCCA